AAUUGAUUCGAAUGGUGAAAAACGUUCACCUUUUCUCUUUUCGCUACGACACUCGCAACAAUACAUGAGUUGAGAAAUAAAAGAUAACACUGCAAUUUUGCGAUUAUAUUCCGCGGAAUGCGGAGAAGGUUAUUGGCUCUGUCAUCCUGUCUGCUUGCAUAUGCAGAUGACAUGACAUUGUAUGUAUGAAUUAUGCCGAUCAGCUGGACAAUAAUAACUCAAGUGCUUGUCGCUAGUCCACAAUACGCAGUCGGGCGGCAUGUUUGCACAGUACUUUACACUGGUCUGAUUUGCUUUUAAUUCUCCAUCCAUCUCCUCUACCGGCUUCCAUGGCUACACAACCGGAAAAUGGCACACGCUGCCGUCCAGCGGUGACCCGCGGUGUCCCGGCGGAGUGCCGGUCAUCGGUGCUCGUGAAUAUUUAAUAUGGCCAAUAUCGGUUGACAUAAUCCCGCGGCCAUCUUUCGGCCGCGGGAUCAUCUUCCUCCGUCGCCCUCCCUGGGAAUUAAUCAGAUGUUUCGCCGGCCCCAACGGUUAACGUUGCAUUGCGCAAGGCUUAAUGGAUUGCAGCUGGACAGCAACCCACAUUGCUCGGCAGUCGCUGCCGGUUGCACUUGCUCUCGUUUCCUAAUCAGACAAAUUGCAAUGCUGCCCACUUGUGUUGAUGAAAUCCAUCCACUCACUUGGCCAUAUAUCUGCCGGCGAAACCGAUGUUUAUUAGGAUUAGGAGAAAUACUCCUUCGUUUAUUUGUCUGCAGUUUUCCUUGUUGGAGGCUUCGUUCACGGGCGUUGAGACGGAUCCGCUUUCCUCAAAUGUCCCACAUCGUGAGAAAAUAUGCGCACUGCAAGCGUCACUGCAUAUUUCAUGCGUGGUCAGUCGUGGGUCACACUGGGCCACCGUAUCGAUCAGAGCCGGGCGCAAGGGUCACGAUGCCGGGUGCAGUUUAAUUAUGCUGAUUACGCCGGCGCUCGAUCGAUGCGUUAGUGAAGCGCUUCAUUCCCUUUUCUUCCGCAGAUUUAUUUUGAUUUUUUGUACAAUAAGCCGGUAUUAUAUGUGCAUGUUGACCGCGCCGGCGGACACAAUGCGACUAGCAAUUGACCUUCCGGAGCGGUAAGGACGUCAUGUGUUGUGCCAGAGAGCGCUGUUUGCCGCGGUUGCACAAUAACGGCGAUCAAUCGCGGCUUCCCAUUUGAAUAGAAAUCACCGCUAAUUGAUGUAGCGCGGCUGAUGAAGACGAAUGCGCAGCACAGAAUACGCCGCUGACAGGGCGGCGUUUAGCGGGAUGAGUCAUCGGCAAGAAGCCCGAACGGAAAAGAUUGCUUUUUAUCGACGUGGACGCAAAACAGCGCGUACGUUCGUCGAGCUGUGUACGUACGGCAUUAUUUGAUUGGAGCGUUGUGAGAGUGUAUAGAAGAUGAAGCUGAAACACUGGAUGGAGAGCUUGAGUCGGGCCCGCAAAAAGCCCAAGCCGGAUGCCCGCGACACAUGCGGAGCGCAGAUGCAACCACCGCCAAUGCAACGAACGCAACCACAACCGGCACAGCAGCGCAGCAGCCGCUUGUCAGUGCGCGACAUGAUCCACGCCAACUUCCCCAUUCCCAUGCAUGCACAGCGCGGCAGCGAGCGCAAACACGUCCGCGACAACUAUCCGGCCGUGUCGGCCUACCUGGAGCAGCGCAAUCCCCUGGCCAACAUCCACAACCUCCACCAUGGCAACUUCCGCCCGCCACCGGAAGUCCCCCGGGAGGCGAUCUACGAUGUCCCUUUCCGCCGCGGCAGCAACAAUCCCGACGAAUGCGCCUGUUACCGACAUCACCAACCGCCGCCGCCACCCCCGCCGAUGGGGCACGAUUACGUGAAUUAUGAGCCAGACAGCGGUUCCGUUAGCUCGACGUCGGGGUCUAGCCGGCGCGUGCACAUACGAACGAAUCCGUGGCUGGCCACCGCUGCCGCCCCAGUCGGACGGAAGCCGCAGGCGCCACCUAAACCAGCCCGCAAGCGGCCGCCCAGCCCAUUGUACCAGCGUCUAAUGCCGUCCAUGUCGGACAUGGAGGACAAGAGCGUCGGGACGGACGGAGAUGAGUAUCUGCUGGAUGACAUGAGCAGCUGCUGCAGCUCCACCACCAGCAGCUACUGUGAUUGCCCCGAAUGCCGCGGCCUGGCCGAGUCCAGCGGGAUGAGCUUCAGCUCGGAGACUAUCCAGCCGUCGGAGGAUACCGACACCGGCAGCAUCACCAGCACGCCGACUAUCCUUAAUGACUAUGAACGGGACGAAGAGGAAGACGAAAACUCCUCGGUAUACACGGGACGGGACAGCGCUGUGGAGUCCCUGCGGAUAGGCGGAGGCCGGCGUGAGCGAGAAGGAGGCCGAGGUGGCAGCCACUACUCGCCGGCGGAUUCUCACACGUCCUGGAAGUAUUUCGAUGAUGACGACGAAGUCGACUCAGGGCACGGCCAGACGGCGUCCAGUCUGGCUAGUCCUGGAAGUGCCGAGGAUUACGUGCAGUUGCAGAUACAUACUAAUACUGAUCUCUACAGGUACAAAAAUAGCCUGGCCGCUCCUGCACCCUUUGUCAGUGCGAACGGCCGACUGAAAGCGCCAGCCGGCGGCUACGCACUGGCGCGGAAUAAGCGCGUAGCCGAUGAGCGGGAGGACGCGUACGGGGAAGAGGAGGAGGCGGAUGCGCUGGACCUGGACAGUAACAUUGAACUGAUUCGCAGUCGGCUGCAGCGCCAAGUCCACCAGCUGCGCCACGAGCAGACCGCCCUGGAGCGCCAGAUGCAGCGGUGUCCGCGAGGGGAGGAGCCGGAGCGAGACCUCAUCGUGGAGCGAAAGGCCAUGUUGGUGGAUACGCUGCAGCUGCUGAAGCGGCAACUGGACGAGCAGAAUCAACGCCUGCAGACGAGCUACGCCGCACUGCAUACACUGCACAAACACCAGGACCGGUGGCGCGCAGAGGCCCCCGUACACGCCGUCUGCACGCCGGUGCGCAACCGCGAUGGCCGCGCCCUGAGUGCACUGUAUAAUGAGAAACUGCGGGAGACGUUUUGUUAGCUAGUUAUACAGAGAAAAUAAUCAUUCGAUGCAAUAAAUCACGCUUGCCAUAAUUAUUUCAUGUUGUCAAUAUGCAUUUGUAUACAGGUAGUACGAAUACAAUCUAAUUGAAUCUAUGGAUAUAUAUAGAUAUUUGACAUUAACACAUUCGUUUCAUUGAGCAUCCAUCAUGGUUGUUAUUCCAAAGUGAACGGUAUUAUUUGGCUUUUAGUUGGAAAAAUGUGUAUUAUUCUUCCCACUACCUCGGCUGAUUACAGUAGUGCGUUGUGUGUCGGUUUUGGUUUAAUUUGAUUCCGUGAUGGGAAUGUUUGAUUAAAAUGUG